UGGAUUUCACGGGGCUGGUUUCCAGGCAAAGGGUCAUCAAAUGGAUUACUUCCCAUGAUGAAUAAAAGCUAUGGACAGACCUUGCUCCAGAACACAGAUGCUUUUAUGUAGAAAGAUGUUUUUAACGUCUUAAAAUUUAAUUGCAUUUGCGGUGAGAAUCAAAAAUUCCAUCCAUGAAAGCAAGCAAACAAUGUAGUGCGGGCUGUUGCCGACAAUGGCGGUAAAAGCGUAACGAGCUCAAUUUCAUUUUUACGCACCCCGCGCUGUUUGAAAUUCCUCAUCUUUUUGCAGCAGGCCAUUGUUACCAUCCCCCCCAAUGCAAACAUGGCUGUAAACUUAAACGACCCUACUGUCGACACAUAUCUACAAGUUCUAUCGCCACUAAUACCUUUAUUCUCAUACAACCAACUUGAGACACUUUUAUGUGCCUGGGUUCCUCAUCGCUUGGAUGGCGUACUUGAACGACAUGGUCUGAAAUCUGGACUCUAUGUCGUAGAUCACUUUAUCGUUACAGCAACUAUUGCCUUGCUGAUAGUAAGUACCAAAAUGAUAGUCACCUACAUAACGCAUCAUUUUUCAAGAAAAGCUAUACCCGAUGGAAAAGGCAGUCAGUCAAUAUCGGUCACCAUCCAUCCGUCCAUAACGGACUCAUAUCACAACAUUGCGAAUGUAUUCCAUCAAUCUUUGGCAUAUCUGAUAUCGGAACGAACAAAGUCUUGGACAUCUGGCUCAUUUUCGCUUCAGGCCUGCUUAGACAUCGGUCACGAUGAGAAUAAUCCGCCCAUAUUUAAUGUUGUCCCCGAUUUAAACCAAGGCAAGCCUAUUUUUAUUUUCAUUUUUCUGAGUCCAUCACCUUAGUUAUGUUUCGGGCCUGCCACGUCUAUACUUUGUCAUGUUUUCUAAAGAACACCUGGACUGAAUAAACCUCUAUGCAUUUUGCUAAUCGCAGCUGUGGAGAUUCGUUAUGAAGGUUUUUGCUUCAGCGCUCG